AUGCUGCUGUGCAUGUUUCGGAUCCGCAUGUCCCUGGCCAGGGAUACAGACCCAGAUGUCCGCCGAGGGAAGCUGGUCUUGGUGGACUUGGCCGGGUCCGAAAGCUUGAAAAAGGUCAUGGCCGUCCAAGAGGCAAACGAGGAGCUCAGAAGAAAGCAGGCGAUCGGAAUCAACAAGGUUCUCACCCACCUGGGCGCUGUUGUGAACAACCUCAAUGCAGGCUACGAAAACAGCACGGGCUUCCGGAACUCAGCCCUGACCAUGCUCUUGAGGGACUGCCUGGGAGGCGGCGCCCGGGCACUGCUCGUGGCGAACAUCGGCCCCGAAGCCGACUGGUCCAGUGAAACCGCAAUGACACUGAGGUUUGCACAGAAGAUGAUGAAGGUGAAGAACGUAGAGCAGAAAGUGGUCAUCGAUGCCUCCCAGAGUAAUCUGGUGCAGAUGCGGAAGCGGCCAGAACCUGCCUGUUUGCAACUCUGUCUGAGUGUGCUGCUCUCAUCUCGCUCGGCCAACGUGGAUCGUUUGGGGCUCAAGCUGUUAAAGCUUGGGGGGAUCAUCCGGGGGCGCGCCUGUACACAGAGCCUUGCCCUUUUGAAUAAACCGCUGCCCUCUUGGGCCCCCUUGAAAAGUCACUGCUCACAUUCGUCCAGCAUGAGCAGCUCACGGAGCCGCAGCCCAAGCUGCAACAGCGACCUCAGCUGGGAGGAGGUGAACUUCGCGGAAUACGAAGAGCUCUCCGACGAUGACUUGCGCGAUGCUGUCGUGGUAUCUUCACGAGAAGCUACGCCAGCGGCACCACGUCCCGAUGAGACCCGCUCCGUGUCCGAGGAGUCUGAGAGCCCCACAGUUUCGUCAAGGGACGGCUCUGAGACCCCGCAAACUCCGACAGAGGUGCAGUACUUCGACCUGACCAAGCAGCCGGUCUUCACCCACCCGAACGCUGCCGCGCGCAUUGUCCAAGCUUGGUGGCGCACCAUGCGUUGUCCAUCGAUUCACCUACCUGACGAGGAAGAUGACGUCAUCGAAGAGUUAGCAUGCGGCUUUGCUUCUGCGCUGCGGGAGCUGAGUGUAGGUGAAGCAAAGCAUGGCCGCUGCAGAGUCAGAGGCUCAAGCAGACCAAGCAUGCAAGCACAUGGGAGCCAUGACGCUGCCCCUGGCCUUGGAGAAGCCAUUCGGGUCCACAUCGAGGGUCAGGGAGAUGUGAAAGGCCGGGUCCGUGAGGGCGUCGCACGCUUUCUGGGCAUCCCCUAUGCCGUCGCCGAACGCUGGAAGCCGCCCCAAGCUCCGCCUCCCUGGCGUGAGCUGAACCACAAACUGGCACGAUGUCCUCAGCCAGGGCAGGCAGGCAAAACCUACGAGGGCUAUGCCCUUGAAGAUGACGAGGACUGCUUGCAGCUGAACAUCUGGACACCGCUGAGUGCCUUGCAAGACAGCACCCCGAAGUCGCCCGUCCUGGUCUACAUCCAUGGCGGCGGAGGCCUCUGCUGCGUCAACAUCAACUACCGCCUCGGGAUCUUCGGUUUCCUUGCUCACCCGGAGCUGUCGCAGGAAGACCGGGAGAGCAUGUCGCGUGGGAGCGAAGCAGGAUCAGGGAACUAUGCGAUUCUGGAUCAGCUCUGUGCAUUGAGAUGGGUGCAGCGCCACAUUGACAGCUUCGGCGGAGACACCUCGAAUGUGACGAUUUGGGGCUUAUCCUCCGGCGCUCAGUAUGUCUCGACUUUGUUGGUGUCGCCUGCCGCUUCGGGGCUCUUCCACAAGGCCAUGGUGCAGAGCUGCGCUGACCUGAACAACGUGCGCCAGCUAGACUCCUCUUGUGACGUGUGGCUGGGGAAGACGGCCGAGGCUUGGGGCGCGAGCCUGGCGGAGGAGCUGGGCUGUGCGCCUGGGCCUGGUCAGCUGGCGGCCAUGCGCACGCUGCCGCCCGCGGCUCUGGUGGCCAAGACUUGGGCUGCCUCGGCCAAGGACUGCUACGAGCCAAGCAUCGACCGAAGGGACCAGGCGCUCUCCGUGAAGCCUCGAUCCUCUGUGGAGGCAUUGCAGGAAGGCAGAUAUCCGAAGGUACAGGUGCUUCUCGGUGUCACGGAGCGCGAUGGCUUGGGCAAGGUGGAGCUGGAGCAGACGCUCUUCCAGGAGGUCCGGAGCCGUUCGGAGCUCGAGGCUCUGUUGGCCCGAAACUUCCCGGACUCCGGGCCGGAGGCGGCCCUGGCCCGAUACUGGGCUCCCAGGGAGCCGAGCCAAGAGGGUAAGGGUCAGGAGCCGAACGAGGCGAAGAAAGUGCACGAAGCGCUGGGGAAGCUGAGCAAUGAUCUCUGGUACUUUGCAGGCAGCUACUACAUGAGCCAACUGCUGGCACAAGAGACCACCGUCUAUUGCUACUCCUUCGCCGGCUUGAAACAUAGUGCCCAUGGAAGCGAUGCUAUGUAUUGGAGGGGAAUGGUCAAAGGAAGUCUGCCUGUCCUUAUGUCCACUUACCUUGGAAACUUUGCGCGGUCGGGGGAUCCGAAUGGAUCGGAUCUCCCUGUCUGGAAACCGGGAUGUCGUUGUCAGAUGCAUCUCGGAAGUCACCCCGCGAUGCGGCAUCUUGAGACAGAGGCCUUGGAAUGGUACGAGUUCCUAGCCAGGGAGUACUUUUCCAAGGUGAUCCUUCAAAGAGUGUCGGUCGGCACUGAGCCUGGCGAGUGCCAUGAGGUGAAGCGCAUGCGCGCACCCCCCAGCGGCGAAGGCUCGGAAGGUGUUGCUCUGCGUGCCCUUGGUUCAGCCCAGUGGGACCUUUGGGAGCGACAGAUGGAAGAGGACAUGCCGCUGAUUUGGGAGAACCUUGACAGGCGCUGGCUGAUCUACACGAUGCUCCUCUGGCUGGUUCUGACCUUCUCCUUCCAGUUUCACAUGCCCAUGGCUGUGGCCAACUCCUCCAGUGCUGCCCAGGCGUCCAAGACUCCCGUGGUGCAGUCCAAGUCUGCCUCGGCCAUCAACGCUUCGAAGAAGCUCCUCUUGCUGCCGAAGUAUCAGAUCCCAAACUUGGGAUCCAGCCUCUCCUAUCGACUCAAGAGCAACUGGACGGCGGCUAUCAAAACGCAGACAGCCUUGGUUAUUCGGGUGAAGACCCGCCUUGUUGCCGCCACGAUCACGGAUGUUGCGGAGGUUGGCCAUCUACUUGGCGAUGCGGAGAGCGCUUGGCUGAGCGAAGCCAAGGUGCGGCUGGCACUCGGCACCGGGAAGGCCAUCUGGUCACGAAGAAGCGAGCUCGAACCGAGCCUUUGGCCAUGGAGCUUUCCAUCGCCCCGGCGCCCCUCCUCCGUGGCAGGACUCCUUCCGCCACCAAAGCCCGUGAAGCAGGGUGCGGACUUCAAAGUGUGGUGGUGGCUGUUGCGGCAGAAGAUUGCCGGGGAGAUUAUGGAGACUUAUGCGAAGCUGCCCUGCCUCACCACUCCGAAUGCUCAAGUUCCGUUGCUGACCUGGACGCCGCAGCCAAAGACACUGAAGCUACUUCCACUGCUCCAGCUUCAACCAGACCUUCGCAUCGCGCCCAAGCUAUUGCUCAUGGUCCGUCCAAGCACUUCCUUGACCACUCGAAUGUUCUUCAAUCAAUGGCAGCCGGAGAUGCCUGACAUGCUGCCCGCGGCCCCUCUGCGUCCAACCCAUCUUCCUUGUUUGGACUGCUUGGCUGCUGUCUCCCACAAGGUCCAGGUGAGCCCGGCAUACCCAUUGACCAUAUACAAUGCAAACGCCACGAAGAGGAAGGCUGAGAAAGAGAGGCGCGAGAGCCAUGCUGGUGCCAAGCGCCUGCAGAAGGGCCUGCGCAAGGCGAAGAAGAAGGCGGAGGGGAUCCUCGAAAAGUCCAGGAUGCAGGCUCUGCACCACCUGGAGAAGGCUCGCAAGGCCUUCGAGAGGAAGGUGGAAUAUGCUCGACUGGUUAUGGCAACAACAUAUGAAUUAUAUAUUGCAUGGGCAGGACUGGAGCCUCUGGACGUCGUUUUCAGCCUGAGCUGCAGUCUUGCGGUGAAGCAUCAAGCCUGCUUGGCCCGGCUGCAGCAACACGCGGCGGAGGAGGCCGAGCAGGAUUUGGAGGAGCGCGCGGCGCUCGACAAGGAGAUCGAGGAGCUGAACCAGCGCCUUCUCACGAAGGAAAGUGCGUCGGACAUCCUCGAGAAGAUGCAGCAGGAGCAGACGAAGAAGAUGGAAGAGUUCCGGACCCACGUCACCGAGAACAUGGCGAAGCAGUUCGCCGACAUUCAGGAAGAGUCGCAGCAGCAGAUAGCAGGCCGGAGCCGGAAGGAGCUAGCAUCAGAGAGCGCGCGGAGAUCCAGUCAACAGAACUCGUCUGCAGAGCUGCGCAGGAGGACGGCCCGUAAUGGCCAGGAGGCGGCCGAGCUGCGAGUCCGACUAGCAGCCGCCCAGCAGAAGGCAGACACCUUGCAGGAGCUCCAGUCCGACCUUGCGAAGCAACGCUCGGACUCGGAAGCCGAGAAGCUGCAGCUCAAGCAGCAGGCCGAGGAGCAAGGGCAGCGUCUCGCUCAGCUGGAGCGAGAGAUGGAUCGCUUCCGGGUUGAGGCCGAUGUCCGCAAGGAGGAGACGCGGGCAGCAGAGCGUGCCGCCGACACCACCGCAGCAGACCAGGAGCGCCGAGCCUGGCAGGAGCGCGAGGCCGAGCUGCAGGCCACCAUCGCGGCCCUGAGGACGGAGCAAGAGCUUGAGGAGAAGUCUCUGCAGGAUCUCGGUCACAAGGACCAGGACUGCCGGAAAGAGAUCAUAGCUCUGGAACGCCGUGCGGAAGAACUCGAGGUGAGCGUGGAAAAGGUACAACAAGACAUGCAGCUCGUGCAAGACCAGAAGGCAUACCUGGAUCUUGACAUCCAGAGCUUUCGGGAUGCGCAGGCGAACCUUCAGGCAGAGACGGUUAGCCAAGUCGAUGAGCUCGAAGCAAAGUUGAAAGCCUCCAAGAAACAUCAGAAGGACCUGGAGGAGAUGCUGAACGAGACGUAUGCCUUUCUUGCCGCGGACAGCAAGCGACGAUCUCGCAGACAGAGUAAGGUGUCGCGCUAA